AUCAAUAACAUCAACACUGAGAAAGAAGGAGAAUAACAAGAUAAAGUGGAGAAGAUGUUGUAUCAUAUAAUGAUUAUAAUAUUACUGAGUAUCUGUUGUAUUGAUGGUAGUGAAGGAUCUAUUGAUAUUAAUAAGAGAUUGAGGGGAGUACCAAUGACUGAUACUAGUGAAGGGAACAAGUUCUGUUUCUCUUUCCUUAAGAAUAAAGGAACUUUUUAUACAAAAAACCUUGGAAUAUACAUUGGUACCCAGGAGUCUGAACCUGUCCAAUAUCGUAUCAGGUCAGGUGUCAGUGGUGUCAAUAGAACUGGUACAGUUCAACCAGGAGAAAUAAGAAAAGAAGUAUAUAAAACUGCAAAUAUGACCCCAGUUACCAGAGCAGAUGCUAGAUCAGUUAAUGAUUUCACUGGUAUCAUAGUUGAAACAGUUAAUAGUUCACAAAAGAUAUCUAUAAUGGGUUUCAGUGAUGCCAUAGGAUCUUCAGAUGGUUUCACUGCUGUCCCAAUAUUUAAUGUAUCUUCAAUUGUCGAGAAUUACACUUACUCCGUAUUCACUGGUGGGCCUACAGGCUCUGAUGAAUUAGCUCUAGCAGCAAUUGUUGCUUGUGAUCAUAUUACAACUGGAGGAGUAACGCUACUCUAUCCUCAAGUCCCCGAACUUGAUUUUUUAAACUCUUCUAAUGGAUAUUUUCAGGAUCAAUUUUUUAAUGCUCCCAAUCCAUCUAGAAUUGAUUUUGAACAAUAUUAUACUCCUAUUAUAGCUAGGAACACAGAUGAAGCAAUAGCAGGUAUAACAGCAACUUCUACUCAACCAAUCGGAUUCAUGACUGGACACGAGUGUGGCCAAAUUCCUGAUAAUAAAGAGGGCUGUGAUCAUCUCAUAGAGCAAGUCCCUCCAUCCUACACUUGGGGAUAUAAUUUCCUAAUUGCUCCUUUUCAUUCAAGAGACUUUGGGUACAUAAUAAAGACAUUAUCACACAGUCCAUUUAAUACUGACUUUAGAGUAUUCUGUGUAGAGAAUGACAAUGGUGUUCCAUUGGAGGCUGAUGUUAGUAAAUGGAGUGCAUUCUAUUGUGACAAUAUCACUGAUGUAUGUGGAUAUGGAGUGUCUAUUGAUAUAGUACAAGGACCUCAUUUACUAGUACACACUGACACUACCUGUUCAUUCAGUGCAGUAUUGUUUGGUUGGGGAGAGCAGAAAGGAUAUGCCUAUCCUGCUGGGUUUGGAAUGAGACCUAUUGCAGAAACAUUUUAUUCCAUUGCUGCUGUUCCCUCGUGUGAAGAGCUACUGGUUGAUAUCACAGUGUAUAGAUCUGGUGACCUCUCACAGACCAGCCAUAUUGGAGUUAUGAUUAAUGGUGAUAAUGAAAACAUUCAAAAUGUUUCAUUUUCCACUGAUGAAUCAUCUCAAAUACUACCAGUGCCAGUUAAUAUGACAAACUUACAAGAUGAAGAAAUUGUUAUUAAACUAAUAAAAUCUGAUGAAGUUCAUUUAGGGUCUCCAUCCUCAUUACUAAUCACUGUUAAUGAUAAUGGUACAAUUGAAGUAAAUUCCAGUGUAGCUGUUACUCCAACCCAUUGUACAAUGACCAGUGAUACCAAUACACCAACUGAAGUAUAUUCAUCAUCAUAUAUUAAUAAUGAAGAAUAUACCAGCUCAUUAAUAUUGACCGGUAUCAGUAGUACAGUAAUAUCAACAACAAUUGAACCCUCUUCAUCUCCAGUCAGUGUUGGUCUAUCAUUAAUAAUAACAACAGUAAUGAUUGGAUUAACUACAGUAUUGUUCAUGAUAUCAAUAAUAAUACUAGCCACACUCUCAGUAUAUGCACUGUAUCAUAACAAGGCAAUGGCUAAAAAUAGCAACAGAGGAAUUGAUAACGCCAUGUAUGGAGUACAUGAACCACCACAAGCAAAGAAAUAAAUAAUUA